AUGAUCACUCAUGGGGAUCACAUCAUUGCAUUCUCGGUCUAUGGUUUUGCUAUUGCUGAAGGAAGCGGUGUGGCCGCAACUCAGCGUCUUGCCCCAAAACGGCAAACUUUGGAUGAGGCGUAUGCACCGCCAGCGAACUUUCUUGAGAUCGAGGUGGUGAAUCCAAUCACGCACGGUGUUGGCAAAUCUCGCUACACUGACUACGAGAUUCGACUUCGGACAAAUUUGCCUGUUUUCAAGCAUAAAGAAUCGAGCGUGCGUCGCAGAUAUUCAGAUUUCGAGUGGUUACGUGGAGAAUUGGAAAGAGAUAGUAAGAUAGUAGUACCAAGUCUGCCAGGUAAAGCACUUAAACGCCAGCUACCAUUCCGUUCCGAUGAUGGAAUAUUUGAGGAGGCGUUCGUCGAGGAAAGGAGGAAAGCACUGGAAGUGUUUGUUAAUAAGGUAGCAGGACAUCCGCUGGCACAAAACGAGCGCUGUCUUCAUAUCUUUCUACAAGAGCCUCUCGUCGACAAGAACUAUGUGCCGGGCAAAAUUCGAAACACAUAA